AUGGCAGCAGUCUCAUUCUUAUCAUUUGCCUUCGUAGAGGUACCGUGGAAUGAACAAACUCCUAGAUCAUCGAUAGUUAAAUCGAAAGUCGCAAGAGCACCCCUAAUAGGGGCAAUACGAGAAUCGUCUUUCCAAAAUUCGUUUCCGUACAUUCUCUGUGCAUCUUUGAUCUGUUUCUUGGCUUCUUUGGAGAUCUCUCUCGAGCGGUCUUCAAUAAAUUCUUCCUUGUUGAAGGAGGCAUUGUCAGCCUGCAAGGAUUCGGCUUCUUCCGCCAAAAGUGCCAAUUCCGCUUCGACCCACGCCUUGACUUGUGAAGUUCUAGCUUUUAGCUGCCUAGCUCUAUAUUUAAUGUCAAGUUUUGGCGAUUUGAAUUUCGAAUUUCCGUGGUAUUCCCUGGCUGUUGUUAGAAUUCCCUUUCCAGGAGCCGGCACGGAUCUUCCAAUUUUAUCACUUGCAGUAGAUGCCAUGGCCACAAUACCAUAG